AUGGUGAAGAAUGCGAUCAAGGUUUACGCCAGAUUAUUGCCUGAAAAGAAUCGGAAAAAUGCAGUGGAAUACCAAGUGUAUCACCGUCCCAAGAAAAAUGUCGAGGAGGACGUCUUGUUUCUUGCUUCUCCUACGCAAAAGUCGAAGGACUAUCCCGACAAUCGCGCGGAGUCCUGGAAUUUCUCUUUCUUCCGGAUAUUCGAGGAAUCCACGACGCAGGAGGACGUGUUCGACAACGUCGCGCGACCGGUAGUGGAAAGUGCCCUAGAUGGUUACAACGGCACCAUUUUCGCCUAUGGACAGACGGCCAGCGGGAAAACUUACUCGAUAAUCGGCAACCAGAGGAACCACGCUGACCGUGGCAUCAUACCUAGGAGCAUGCGAUACUUGUUCGACGUUAUUCAAAAGAGACCGGAAAACGUGUACACCGUCGAGGUGGCUUUUAUGGAGAUUUACAACGAGAACGGCUACGACCUGUUGGAUCGAAGGCAACGAGAGUUCGCGGUUACGAGAUUGGAAGAUUUACCGCGAGUCACCAUGCAGGAAGACGAGAACGGGAAGCUGCACUUGAAGAAUCUGACCUUCCACAGUGUCGCAAGCUUGGAGGAUGCGUACGAACUGCUGCUGAUAGGCGACCACUAUCGAAUUACCACCGAAACCCCGAUGAACCCCCAGUCAUCGAGGUCGCACUGCAUCUUUACCAUCGUGGUCUCGAAGAAGGAGUUCGGUGCUGAGCAGUACACGCGAGCGAAAGUGCACCUGGUGGAUCUAGCAGGGUCCGAACGCGUCUACAAGUGCUCGAUAAGCGGCGUCACUCUGAACGAGGCGAAGCACAUUAACCUGAGCCUACAUUACUUGGAGCAAGUCAUAGUGUGUCUGGGUCAGGACAGCGCGGGUCACAUACCCUACAGGAAUUCAUGCUUGACGUCGAUCUUGAGGGACAGUCUGGGCGGAAACUGCAUGACCACCAUGCUGGCUACUGUCAGCGUUGGAUCUUCCAAUAUAGAUGAGACAGUGUCCACCUGCAAAUUCGCGCAAAGGGUCGCCUUGAUAAGAAACGACGUGAAGCUGAUCCUGGAAACAAGCAUGCAAAGCGAGAACGCCUUGCUGAAACUGGAGAACGAGAGGCUCAAACAACAAAUUGAAGCCAUGACAGUGCAGACUAGUUCCCAGGAACUCACCGCGGAUGAUAAACGAAAGCUGGACCGUCAGAUCAGGAACUUCUUAGAAUCGAACGUAACAAUUAGCUGGGAUUAUAAUCCUAAGAAGACGGAGUAUUGCUUCGAAAGCUUCAGAAGGAUUUUCGAGUUGAGCAGGGAUCCAAACAGUUGCUUAAAGAAACUGGAGCACUACAAGGACAUGGUCGUUCAAAGGGACAAGGAAAUUUCAUUAUUAAUCGAUCUGCUGAAGAAGAAAAAGGGGGAACAGCACAGGAAAGAAGAUCACUGUAAUAGAUUUAAUAAUGUUUUCUUUCGCUAUUGUUGUUUACUUAAUUACUGUUCCAUUAACUUUUUAGCGAAGCCAACUAGGGACAAUCCUUGUUUAAAACCUGUAAAAGAGCCGAGAUCUGAAAAUGAAGACUUCGAUGAAAUUAAAUUAAAUAUACAGAGCAACGCAAGCGGGGAACCAUGUAAUAUUAAAUGUCAAAUGCCCCAGCUGUCAAUUGAAACAACGAGAACUAUGUUAGAUGCAAGCCUUCCAAAGAGUAUAACGAGGAUCGAUGAAACUAUUGUGGAUAACAUAUUACCUACUGUUUUCAAUACUGAAAAAGAAAUUUCGGUAUUAAAUCGCGUUCCUUUAAAAAAACUGAGGCGAAAACCCAAACAUUCAAAGAACGUGGAUCAGGUGGAUCAAUGUCAGAGGAAAGCUGAUCAAAACAGAGCCAAUUGCGAAGAAAGUGAAAAUACUAGCCACGUCAGUGUCGUGUCUUUCGACCGCUUCUCAACAAAUAGAUCAACCAUGCCAGAGUUGUUGCCUUGCAACAUUAUCAAUUUAACUCUGAAUGAUCCAGCUGAGAAUAAAAUGAUCGAGGACAUAAACGAUAAAUCUCAAGAGAUAAGUCAACAACACCUGCGUAGAACUGACAAGAAACAAUUGAAGUGCGAUGACCCUCAACUCUACGCCAAAAAAAAUGUCAGCGCUAGGGAGAAGAUUCGGACGAAUGUCAAAAUUGAUACAGACAGUAACGAUCCUAACGUUCAGUCUGAUUCUUCAGCCACAUUUUAUCAGCGACUUCUACACUUCAAUGUCCCCGACACUCGUGCGAAGUCAUCGAGCAAAGAAUUAUUUAGAAAUGAAUCCACGAGUAUGAUAAACGAGUCUCGGGAGCAGAAAUUUAAAGCAGACUCUGAUGUACGGAAUUUAAAAAUUUUAGAGAAGGGACACGACUACAUGGAGGGUGACUCGAGGGAAAUUAGUAACGUCCAUUUGGCAAAAGGCAAUGAUUAUCAAUUCAACGACGACCUGGAAAGUAAUAGAAAUAAAAGGACUGGAAGAAGGACGAGUUUUACAAAUGACUAUCCAGACCAAUCCUGUAUUUCCAGUAGAGGAUUGGAAAUUGGAAACAAAGACUCAGAUGAAAAAGUAGGUUAUGAUAAAAGUAAUGAAGAUUUUGAGAACGCACUUCCUUUAACUGGUGACCCAGAAAUCGACGAAGAGAUCAUUGCCUUUUACACGGCGAAACGAUCGGGUGGCACUUAUUAGAG